CAGUGACUCUGGUCUCUCCCAGGCAGUGUGUGGAGCGCUCUGGACAGGAGACUCCAGGACCCGGGACCAGCUGCCUCAGUCCUUUCCUGCAGGAUUCCAUCACCUCUCCCAGCGCCGCCUCCAGAGUCCUCUGGCAUCUUUGAGAGCAGUGGACAAUGGAUAAAUCUCUGGAACCCUUGACCUUCAGAGAUGUGGCCGUAGAAUUCUCGCAGGAGGAGCAGGACUACCUGGACCCGGCACAGUGGGAAUUUUACCGAGACGUGAUGUUAGAGACCUACAGGAACCUGGCGUCCUUGGGUCUUGCUAUGUGUAAGCCUGACCUGGUCGUCUUGUUGGAGCAAAAGGUGGAGCCCUGGGAUGUGAAGAGAAGUGCAAAUCCCGUCCUCCUCCCAGGUAUAAAAAAAGACCUGCUGAGACCCUCAGGAGGAGGACAGAAGUAUGGAAUCAGGGAAGAGAAGAUGGCGCGGGGGCUCCAAGUGCUGCUCCCAGCGGCAUUAGAAGAAAAUCCUGUGGGAGAGAAAUUGAUGGGUGGAGGGGUGCACGGAGGUGCCACCUGCUGGGGUCUCCCCUUCCGCUUUCCCGUGGACAUCCCUGGCCAGCUGGAGACUCCCGUGCAGAAGCCACACUCUUGGGCAGAGGGGAGGCCGUUGGCCCCUCACCUUCCUGUGUCGGGCCUGUCCACUCCAGUCCUGCUGUGUGGCUCAGCCUGCUGCCCAGAGAUGGUGUCAUUGGAGGAUGUGGCUGUGAACUUCCCCUGGCAGGAAUGGGAAGACCUGAAUGAUGCUCAGAGGACCCUGUACCGGACAUUUGUUACCAAUCCUGAGGAGAGCAUCAGGUUGGAGAAGGGAGUAAAGCCAUGGACUGUGGAGGAAGCCCCAAGCCAGAAACUUUCAGUCAUCUCUUCUCAUGACAUCCAAGUCCUCAUGCCAUAGUCAGGCACAGAAGAUUUGCUUCCAGAUAUGGAACUGGGAGGAGAUGGAAUCUGUGCCUUUGAGAAUUUGCAAUUAGUGGAAGACCAGACACGCCAAAGAUCCAUUGAAGGGCAGAACAUUUGUUGCAAUGAAGAUAGCCAAGCUGGAACAAUGACCCAGAAUACAACUCUUCCCACAAGAAGAGAUCAUGUGUGUGAAAUGUCUUGGGUCAAGCCGCAUUUUAUGUCUGUCCCUUGCAUAGAUAAGGGUGUUUCUGUAAGCAGAGAUCUCUAUCAGAUUUUUAAUAAUACAUAUUCUCUGAGAAGACAGAACAUGUAGGCUGCCCCAUAGUCCAUCAUGCAAUAAUCAUUCAGUACAUUGUGAAUAUGGGACAGGUGUAUACUUUGAGUCAAAUAGUACUCAACAUCAGAGAUGCGAAUGGGAAGAUAAAAAAAAAAAUCUACUUGGGAUCAUAUUGAGGAGUCCUCAAAACUACUCCAACAUCACACAUUUCAGGAGAAUCCCUGCAACUGUAAAGGAUAUGGCAAUGCUAACAAAUGGUGCUCAAGACUCACUCAACAUCAGAGAGAGAAAUGGCACAAAUGUGAAGAGUGUGGUAAAGCCUUUUGUUGGCAUCCAAGCUCACUAAACAUGUAAGGAUUCAUACUGGAGAAGAGGCUUACACAUGUCCAUGCUGUGGUCAAGCCUUUCUCUACCUGUGUCACCUUUCUGAACACCAGAGGGUUCAUAAUGCUGAGAAAACAUACAGAUGUGAAGAAUUUGGGAAAGCCUUUAACCAGCAGUCAAGUUUUACUCAUCGUCACUGAAUUCAUACAAAUGUGAAAGAAAAAGCUUAUAAAUGUGAAGAAUUCAGCAAAGCCUUUAAGCAGAAGGCAAAACUUGCUCAACAUCGGCAAAUUCAUGUAAGAGUGAAAUGUUCAAAAUGUGAAGAAUGUGGCCAACUGUUUAACCGGAAGUCAAAUCACUCUGCACAUCUGAGAAUGCACACUGGGGAGAAACCUGCAAAUGUAAAGUGAUGAGUGGUUUGUACGAAUAGAUAUUUUGCAACCACCAUUUUCAUGCUAGCAUGAUACUUUGAAGAAAUAAAUAUAUGGAAAAUUAAGUUGUCAUAGAAUAAUCAACUCUAAGUAUACAUUUAAAAAUUGCAGUACAAUAAUAAUUCAAAAACUUCACUGAUAUUUAAAUCAGAUAUUUUUAUGGAGCAUAAACCAACAUGAAAGCACUAAGUAUGUAUUAGUAUCGUUUAAAUGUCCAAGAUGAUGUGUUGGGGACCAGUAUAAUUACAUUCCACGUACUUUUUGUCAAUCAUGCUUGAGAUAUUAUGAAGAGGUGAUGAAUAUAAUUCUGCUCUAAAUCAGUUCAUUCUCUGGCUUUGUCCCCUUGUGUAUGUGAAGUCAGGUGUUUGAUUUUUUUUUUUUUUUUUUGCUGCCUCAAACAUCUGAGAGACUGUCCUAGUUGAUGGAUUUGUUUAUAUCUAACUUGCAGGGUAAAUUUAGGACAGUAAUGUGCCAUGUAUCAGGAACAUAUGAAUGGACACGCUGCUUCUGGUUGACUCAAAACAUUGAUCUAAAUCACCAAGAAGUGUUCUGGGCCUUAAUGUUGCCAUUGAAGUCAGACAGAGGAAAAUGUCAAAUCAUAUCACGAUGGACUCCUUGAGGAAAUGCACAGUUUAUUAAAAUUGUGAUGUUUCUUUAUGGAAGUAAUAGAGAGAUGAAUAUUAUUUGAUAUCAUUGCCAAAAGAAAUCUUCACAGACACAUGAUGACAGAACAGGUGACUGUCCCGUACUGGGCAUAGAAUUUGUGCAUGCACAGUAGCUAAGUAAUGACUCUGUUGACCACCAACUUAGGGAUCCUGGCUUCAAAAGAACAAGAAUGCUUCUUAAAUGCCUGCAUUUUUAUUUUCAAUAUGGAGCAUACAGUGAUAUGUAAAUAUUUAGACUAUAUGUGAACCUAAUGCAGGUUUUAAUAAAGUCGAUUGAUUUUUUCCAAAAGAUUUAAUUCAUUCUUUUUCAAAUUUUUAUUUAUUUAUUUUUUAAAAUUUAUUUAUUUAUUCAAGAACUGGGGUACAGUCCAGAUGCACAGGAGGGCGAGAGGAUUCACCAAAGACGGAGUGAGGAACAGAACAGACAUACAGACCGAAGUACACUGUUGAGGGGAGCAGUAGGCAAGACAGGAGAGGUCUGUCCCGCCAUGUGGGUUGCUCCCUGGCCAGCCAGGAAUCAAACUCGUGCUGCAGUGGCUGCGGAUUGCAUCAUAGGUUGCAUGUUAACCCCUGCGCCACCAGGGAGGCCCUGGAUAAAUAACUUGUAGAAGUAUUGCUGACAUAUGAAAUUUCCAUUUUUAUUUCUUUAAGAAAUCUCUGCCCCAUUAUCUGUAGGCACUGUCCAA